GAGGCGAGCCUUUGCAGUCUCCCUUUACUCGUCUCGUCGCAUCUCGUCCUCUCUUUCUGAUUUAGCGAUAGGGGAACGCUCUCCACUGUCCCUCCCCCUCUCAAACCCUAGCCCCCUUUUCUUUCCCCCAUUCCAAAACCCUUGACUUUUCCGCCAUCCGCCAUGGCAAAGAAGCGAAAGCUGCGAUCGUCUGAGCCCGAGCCCGCCAAAGCCCCUGAACCGGAGCCACAAUCAGAACCUCAAGUGGUAGAAGAAGUUCUCCAGUCUCAGCCAGAGCCAAUCAAGCCAAUCAAAGAAGAAAACCCUCCCCAGGAGCAGCAAGAUGACAUGGCCGUAGACGAUUCCAAAGAAGAAGAGCAGGAAGAUCCUCGAGAACAAGAACUGCAGCAGAUAAAAGAAGAAGAAGAAGAAGAGGAACAAGAAGAGGAACAAGAAGAAGAGGAAGAAGAAGAAGAAGAGGAGGAAGGCGUAGACGCCUCAAACGAAGCCGUUCCAUCUGAAGCCCAACCCAUAGAAGCAAAUGGAGCCGAUGCCGCGGCUGAGGAGGAGGAGGAGGACGACGACGACGACGAAGAACCCGUGGAGAACCUACUGGAACCCUUCUCGAAGGAGCAGCUGGUGGCCCUCGUCAAAAGGGCGGUGGACAAGCACCCGGACUUGAUCGAGAGCGUUCGAGAUCUGGCGGAUGCAGACCCGGCCCACCGCAAGAUAUUCGUCCACGGCCUCGGCUGGGACACCACCGCCGAAACCCUAAUCUCCGUCUUCGGCAAGUACGGCGAGAUCGAGGACUGCAAGGCCGUCACCGACCGCGUCUCGGGCAAAUCCAAGGGCUACGCUUUCAUCCUCUUCAAGCACCGGAGCGGGGCCCGCAAGGCCCUUCGGCAGCCCCAGAAGCAGAUCGGAAAUCGCACCACCUCCUGCCAGCUUGCCUCCUCGGGGCCCGUGCCGGCCCCACCGCCCGUGACACCACCGGUCUCGGAAUACACUCAGCGCAAGAUCUUUGUGAGCAAUGUGUCGGCUGAGGUCGAUCCCAACAAGCUGCUCGAAUACUUUAGGCGGUAUGGGGAGGUUGAGGACGGUCCCUUGGGGCUCGAUAAGCAGACUGGGAAGCCUAAGGGAUUCGCGCUUUUCGUGUAUAAGAGCGUAGAGAGUGCGAGAAAGGCUUUGGAGGAGCCACACAAGAGCUUUGAGGGGCAUACAUUGCAUUGUCAGAGGGCUAUAGAUGGUCCGAAGCCCAACCGGCCGUAUCAUCAACAGCAGCAGCACCACCACCCUCAUCAUCACCAACCGCAUUUCCAUUCUAGAAAGGAGAAGAACAAGUAUUCCGCUGGGCCCGGGCCCGGGCCUGGCCAUUUGAUGGCACCGUCGGGCCCUGCGGUGGGGUUCAAUCCCACGCAGGCUCUGAACCCUGUGCUGGGUCAGGCCCUCACUACAUUGCUUGCGACCCAGGGAGCUGGCCUGGGACUCGGUAAUCUGCUUGGAGGACUUGGCGGUGCGCCCGUGAACCAGGCUGGACCGCCAGCAGGAUACGGGAAUCAGGCUGGUGGGAGCUAUGGAAACCAGCCAGUCAUGCAGGGUGGCUAUCAGAACCCACAAAUGGGGCAGAGUAGUGCUGCUAGGCCUCAUCCGGGCGGUGGUCCACCAUACAUGGGUCAUUAGGCGAGUGUCAGAUCCUCUCAUAGAUGCAUCAAUCAUUUAAUUUUGGACUCUGGUGAUUCUUCUGAAGUUCCAGGCACUCUUGCAAACGACGUCUUUAAAUUUGUGCUGAAAAGUAAUUUUUCGCCUUCUUUAAAGACCAGACUCUCAAACUUGUAUUUUUCUUUCUAUUUUAGUAUUUAUCACCCCUUCACAUAUUUUCAAAACAAUGUAGUGCUUUCUGUUCCAAUCCCUUGUUUCUUAAAAAGUGUUGGGGUACUGUUAGAGCUUUGAGGCAGAGAACAGUGUGUCUCUCCAUAUUUUAAGUGUGUUACUAAACAACGUUUUUUUUCUUACUUUUUCUCCCCUUGGAUGGACUACUUCACUCA